CUUUUCCCAUCAGCCCCUCGUCCUCUCUUUUAGUUUAAGUUUGGCAGGGGGGGCUUGUUUGUAGUUUGAAGCCCAGCUCGGGGCGGCUCCGACCCCUUGCGACCCCCGCCUUCACCCUCAGCCGUCUCGCCCUCCUCCUUUUCGGCCUCCGGGCCGAGCAUCGUCCCGUCCUCCUUCCAACCCUCCUUGCGAGCCAUCCCCGCGCGUUCCGGUCCGCCCGGAAAACAAGCCCGCCGCCGCCGGCGCGCGCUUCCAACGGACCCGACCGCUGCCAGGCCUCCUCUGACAGCACGAUGGGUGACAGUGAUGACGAAUACGAUCGGAGACGGAGGGACAAAUUUCGGAGAGAGCGCAGUGACUAUGACCGUUCCCGGGAAAGAGAUGAAAGACGGCGAGGGGACGAUUGGAAUGACCGAGAGUGGGACCGUGGCCGUGAGCGCCGCAGUCGGGGUGAAUACCGAGAUUAUGACCGGAAUCGAAGAGAGCGCUUCUCACCCCCUCGCCAUGAACUUAGCCCUCCACAAAAGCGCAUGCGGAGAGACUGGGAUGAGCACAGCUCUGACCCAUACCACAGUGGCUAUGACAUGCCCUAUGCUGGGGGGGGUGGGGGACCAACUUACGGCCCCCCUCAGCCCUGGGGCCACCCAGACGUCCACAUCAUGCAGCACCAUGUCCUGCCUAUCCAGGCCAGGCUAGGCAGCAUUGCAGAGAUUGACCUGGGUGUGCCACCACCCGUAAUGAAGUCCUUCAAAGAAUUCCUCCUGUCCCUGGACGACUCCGUGGAUGAGACCGAGGCAGUUAAGCGCUACAAUGACUACAAGCUCGACUUCCGAAGGCAGCAGAUGCAGGACUUUUUCCUGGCUCAUAAAGAUGAGGAGUGGUUCCGAUCUAAGUAUCACCCCGAUGAGGUGGGAAAGCGCCGGCAGGAGGCCCGGGGGGCCCUGCAGAACCGAUUGAAGGUGUUCCUGUCCCUCAUGGAGAGUGGCUGGUUUGACAACCUUCUCUUGGACAUAGACAAAGCUGAUGCCAUUGUGAAGAUGUUAGAUGCAGCUGUCAUUAAGAUGGAAGGUGGCACGGAGAAUGACCUCCGAAUCCUGGAGCAGGAGGAAGAGGAAGAACAGGCAGGCAAGGCUGGGGAGACCAACAAGAAAGAGGAAGGCCGUGCUGGACCAGUCCCGGGGGAUGGAGAGCGCAAGGUCAACGAUAAGGAUGAGAAGAAAGAAGAUGGAAAACAGCCGGAAAAUGACAGUCCUAAUGAUGACAAAACUAAGAAAUCUGAGGGUGAUGGGGACGAGGAGAAGAAAGAAGAGGCUGAGAAGGAACCCAAGAAGAGCAAGAAGCGGAACAGGAAGCAGAGUGGUGAUGACAGCUUUGAUGAGGGCAGUGUGUCCGAAUCUGAGUCCGAGUCUGAGAGUGGUCCAGCUGAGGAGGAGAAAGAGGAGACCGUAGAAGAAGCACUUAAAGAAAAGGAGAAGCCCAAGGAAGAAGAGAGGGAGAAGCCCAAGGAUGCUGCAGGGCUGGAGUGUAAGCCCCGGCCCCUGCACAAGACUUGCUCUCUCUUCAUGCGCAACAUUGCCCCCAACAUUUCGAGGGCAGAGAUCAUUUCUCUCUGUAAGCGGUACCCAGGCUUUAUGCGAGUGGCGCUGUCGGAGCCCCAACCUGAGAGGAGGUUUUUCCGCCGUGGCUGGGUGACUUUUGAUCGCAGCGUUAAUAUUAAGGAGAUCUGUUGGAACCUGCAGAACAUCCGCCUCCGUGAGUGUGAAUUGAGUCCUGGUGUGAACAGAGACCUGACCCGUCGUGUCCGCAACAUUAAUGGUAUCACACAGCACAAGCAGAUAGUGCGCAAUGACAUCAAGCUGGCAGCCAAGCUGAUCCACACACUGGAUGACAGGACCCAGCUCUGGGCCUCUGAGCCUGGGACACCACCUGUGCCCACAAGCCUGCCCUCGCAAAACCCCAUCCUAAAGAACAUCACUGACUACCUGAUUGAGGAAGUGAGUGCGGAAGAGGAGGAGCUUCUGGGGAGCAGUGGAGGGCCCCCUCCUGAGGAGCCUCCCAAGGAAGGCAACCCAGCAGAGAUCAAUGUGGAGAGGGAUGAAAAGCUGAUCAAGGUCUUAGAUAAGCUCCUGCUGUAUUUGCGGAUUGUGCACUCUCUGGAUUAUUACAACACUUGUGAGUACCCCAACGAAGACGAGAUGCCCAACCGCUGCGGCAUAAUCCACGUUCGGGGGCCCAUGCCUCCCAACCGGAUCAGUCACGGAGAAGUGCUGGAGUGGCAGAAGACGUUUGAGGAGAAACUGACUCCGCUGCUGAGUGUGCGGGAAUCACUUUCUGAAGAAGAGGCCCAGAAGAUGGGGCGUAAGGACCCAGAACAGGAAGUGGAGAAGUUUGUCACCUCCAACACGCAGGAACUGGGCAAGGAUAAGUGGCUCUGUCCUCUCAGUGGCAAGAAAUUCAAGGGCCCUGAGUUUGUACGCAAACAUAUCUUCAAUAAGCACGCAGAGAAGAUAGAGGAGGUGAAGAAGGAGGUGGCAUUCUUUAACAACUUUCUCACAGACGCUAAGCGCCCAGCUUUGCCCGAGAUCAAGCCUGCUCAGCCACCUGGCCCUGCCCAGAUACUCCCCCCAGGCCUGACUCCAGGACUUCCCUAUCCGCACCAGACGCCACAGGGCUUGAUGCCAUAUGGUCAGCCCCGGCCUCCCAUCUUGGGCUAUGGAGCUGGUGCUGUCCGCCCUGCAGUCCCAACAGGAGGGCCUCCAUACCCCCAUGCUCCGUAUGGCGCCGGUCGCGGGAACUAUGAUGCUUUUCGAGGCCAAGGAGGAUACCCUGGGAAACCUCGGAACAGGAUGGUUCGAGGAGACCCGAGGGCCAUAGUGGAGUAUAGGGACCUGGACGCCCCAGAUGAUGUUGAUUUCUUUUGAGCCCCUCACUCUACAUCGACGACCAUCUACUACCCAUGACCACUUCAUCCCAUCAGCUGAGAAUUUUUUUGUACGUUGUUUUUCCUGCUAGUAAAAAGCACUUUGCUAGUGUCUCAUGUGCUGUACACCUUUCCCAAACACAGGCAGGACCGGAGUCAGCUGAACUGUGCCAGUUUAUUACUGUUUUUGAGAAGUGUCCCUCUAACCCUGGCUAGCUAGAACUUGCUGGGUAGACCACCAGGCUGGCUUUGAACGCAGAUCCACAUGCCUGUGCCAUUGCCCCGUCCCAGAGUUUUGGUGGUGGAAGAGACCAGUGAGCAGUCUCAGUUCUGGAGCCUGUCCCACAGUGCAGGCAGGGUGGGUCGAUUCAGGUACGUCUGGUCAAGCACAGGUUGUAAAAGGAACUGGAAUCAAAGACACUGCUUACCUUUUGCCAGCCCACCCACCCAGCAGCUUGCAGUUCGCUCCUGUUCUUCGGAGUGCCCCAGUAGUGUGGGUCCAGUAUCAAUAUAUAGGUUUCCGGACCUGGCCCCUCACAGAUUCCCAGCAAGGCUUUAGACUGAGCAUCUGCAUCCCCUCCCACCAUUACUGGGCCACCGCCCUCCAUGAAGUGGGAAUAAAGCCGCUCCAGUUCUCCCAGAAGUCCGGCUCCACGGGGCACGUGGCAUAGGCGCCCCUGAAGUCCUCCAAAGUGUUCCAGGCAGAGACUGGCCUCUACACAGCCAAUCCAGUCCCGAGAGUCCCGGAACCCUGGGGGCUUAUCGCCCAUGUCCUCCAGGGCAGCCUGUAUGGCUGCCAGCCCAGGCACGCUGGAAGACUGGCCCUCUGGCCAAGAGCACAGUGUCUGCAGCGUGCGGUAGCCACAUCCCCAGCCGCGGUCAUCCAGUCCAUCGCAGCCGUAGUGAUAGUAAAGGUAGUGUCCCGAGAGGAGGGCCAGUCGGGCGGGAUCGUGGCAGGGCAGAGCCAGGCCCAGGUGCACGUCCUUCAACAGCUCCAGGGUGCUCAGGCAGGUGUCAGCCGAGGCGGGGCGAAUUACGGGUUCCCGGUCUUUUCUGGAGCUAGCUGCGGGCAGGGUGGGCGCGCGGAACCGGGGAACCCUCACCAAACCGAAGCACGAAGGAGAAAUGCCACAAGUAGACACCGAUUUCGGAGCCUUCUAAAAGAUGCGGACGAGCAGCUGCGCAGUCGCAAGCUCCGCCCCAAGGGGUGGGUCCAGAACUUGCUUCCGCCGGAUCCUGCAGGCAAGGUGCAGCGAUGUUCGCCAAUCCUGAGACUUCUGUUUCCAGCACUGACUCGAUCCCCGCCCCAACUUCCCGCCAGUAGCACAAACUAGUGGCUGUAACAGUUUAUUGGCGGCCCGGAGGGGCGAAGGCACCGCGGGGAUGGGAGCUCGGUCCCAGACAUGCAGAAGAAGGGGAGCCCCUGGUGGGGGGGGAGUCGGGAUGGGGUGGACAGGGUCUGGGGCUUGGUUGUAUUAUAUCCCAGCCCUUAAAUAAAUAGUAUAUAUACACA